GGAGCGCAUAGACUGAUCUAUGCGGACACUCACGCUGCUGACUGCCGCACAUCUUGUUCAUCUCGCAUUCACCUCUCCAACCAGCUCCGGGCCUGCUUCCGAUGCGGACUCGGUCACGACGACUACGUUCACCACCACCAUACAUACCGGUGUCCCAGUGUUGGUAUACGCUACUGAGAGCGUCUGUCCUCGGUCAGCCCCUCUUGACGCCCCAGUGCCUUCACAGGCAGCUCUUCCUCCGCCACAGGACUGGUGUAUCGGCGAGAUAUUCUGUCCGGGCGAACUGCUACAAACAAUCAAUGUCGCUCAUCUCUUCUCCGACCCGAAGACCUUCGUCGACAGGCCAACCCUCAAGUCCUACCUAGACGUCCUCGCUGACUUCUAUGCGCUCAAACUACGCUACCCACAUCUCACCGAAGCCGACCUUGUUGACUUUGUCAAUGCGAACUUCAGAGGCGAGGGUCAGGAGCUGGAGGGCCUUACGCUCCACGGACUCAACCCACACCCUCCGUUUGUGGAUAACGUCUCGGACCCGCUGGUUCGCGCGUUUUCGCUCGAGGUUAACGGCUUCUGGACGCAGCUUGCGCGAGAGGAAAACGUUACUGCGGUCCAAGGCGGCCUUUGCCCGGUAGAGAGCACGUUUAUACCCCUCAAGCACCCAUUCGUCAUCCCAGGCGGUCGGUUCAGAGAACAAUAUUACUGGGAUAGCUACUGGAUUAUACAAGGCCUGCUCCAAUCCGGGCUCUACGAUACCGUUAACGACACGUUGCAGAACUUUAUGAGCGAGCUAGAGUGCUUCGGAUUCAUACCCAAUGGCGGAAGGACGUACUAUCUUAACCGGUCACAGCCACCUCUCUUCAUCCACAUGUUAUACGACUACGUGACUACUACAAACGAUAAUUCCAUCCUUGAGCGCGCAUUGCCGCUGGCUGAGGUCGAGCUCGCAUGGUGGCAGACGCACCGAAGCGUUCAGGUAACAAGUCCCUUCACCAACAAGACCUAUAGCGUGGCACGAUUUGCAGUCCAUAAUACCGCUCCCCGACCGGAAUCGUACCUCACUGACUAUCAAACCGUUCACGACCCGGCACUUCCAAUACCGCUUACCACAGAACAAGCAGCUGAGGUAUACAGUGAACUCGCAAGUGGUGCGGAGACUGGGUGGGACUACAGCGGGCGGUUCGAGGCGAUACCCGCGUACGGCAGCGCAGGUUUGCGCUCGCUGAACGUACGGAACACCAUUCCUGUGGACCUUAACAGUAUACUAUACAAAGCACAUCUCCUAUUGGCUGACUUGUACGACCCCGCCAAUAUGUCCGCGAUAUCUUCACACCAGAGCGCCGCUGCCGAGCUUCGAGAAGCCAUCCUCGAUCUCCACUGGGACGCUGACAAGCUUGCGUUCUAUGACUUCAAUCUCACGUCCAAUUCACGUAACUCGGUCUUCUCGAUGGCGACGUUCUAUCCGAUCUGGUGUGGGAUCAUCCCGAGUGAAGUGCUGGAAAGCGAAGACAAGGCGUUCGGGCACUUCGCGGCAAUCAACAUGGUCAUGGAACGGUACAACGGGACCAUGCCGGCUACCUUCCUGGACUGGACUGGGCAGCAAUGGGACGCACCUGAUGCCUGGCCGCCACACCAGUACAUUAUCCUUCAAGCUCUUCGCGCCCUUCCAUCCAACAUCACGUCUUCGCCUGCACCCUCACCGCCUCCUGGUUCAUCGUCAUAUGCCCUUGUCCCCGCGGGCCAACUCAACAUGUCCGAAGCCGAUCUUCCGUCUCAGCCUAUCCUCGGCACUUCGCGCAAUGCGAGCGCCACGGGGCCAGGUGCGGACAUUAGUGCGAUGGACGGGACCGUCGUCAAUGGCGGGAGGGCAAGAGAGGGAGAGGGGUGGGCCGACAAGUUGCAGAGGGAGCUAGCGAAUCGGUAUUAUACCAGCGUUUUCUGCUCAUGGCACGCGACUGGAGGAACGUUACCUGGUCUGUUGGAUCGUCUCCCAGAUGAGCAGUUGGUACUUACCAACAGCAUCAAUAACACGGGAAACAUGUUCGAGAAGUUCUCCAUCCUCGACGUCGACCUAUCCGGGUACGGCGGCGAAUACACCGUCCAAGCCGGGUUUGGAUGGACGAACGGCGUUUUGCUCUGGGUCGCAGCGACGUAUGGCGACGUGCUUGUUGCUCCGGAAUGUCCGCCCCUCUCCAUUCUAGUUUCACCUUUAGUAGUCUCCGCGGAAGCCGAUGUGGUAGACGACAAAGACUGGCGGGGAAUGGCUGGGAUGGUCUUGGUGUUUCUACUUGGGAUUGUCGGUCAGGCGUUUUUCUUCUAA